CCGCUCCGCCCCUCACGGCGGCCCCGCCCCGCCCCGCGCGCAACCUGAGCGCGGCAGCGGCGCCAGGGCCCUGGUUCGGCUGGCGGCGGGCAGCGGCGCGGCUCGGCUCGGCUCGGCUCGGCGCGGCUCCUGAGACCGGCGGCGCUGCGGCUCCCGCCGGGGCCCCGGUGUCCCCGGCGCCGCCAAUGAAGGCAGCCGCGGGCGGCGGCGGGGCCGCGGCCGGGUGAGGCGGCGGCGUGGCAGAGCGCGGCGGGGCCGGUGUCGCGGCGGACCCGCGCCCUCCCGCAAGAUGUCAUCGCAGGGCAAGUUCAAGAAGGACAAAGAGAUCAUCGCCGACUACGAGGCGCAAGUCAAAGAAAUCCGAACUCAGCUGGUCGAGCAGUUCAAAUGUCUGGAGCAGCAAUCAGAGUCGCGCCUGCAACUGCUGCAGGACCUGCAGGAGUUCUUCCGCAGGAAGGCUGAGAUUGAGCUGGAGUACUCCAGGAGCCUGGAGAAACUGGCUGAACGAUUCUCCUCCAAGAUACGCAGCUCCAGAGAGCACCAGUUCAAGAAAGAUCAGCAUCUACUUUCCCCUGUGAACUGCUGGUACCUGGUUCUGACACAGACGCGGCGAGAGAGUAGAGAUCACGCUACCCUGAAUGACAUCUUCAUGAACAACGUCAUCGUUCGGCUGUCACAAAUCAGUGAGGAUGUCAUCAGGCUCUUUAAAAAGAGUAAAGAGAUUGGCUUACAGAUGCAUGAAGAACUCCUGAAAGUCACCAACGAGCUUUACACGGUGAUGAAGACCUACCACAUGUAUCAUGCAGAAAGCAUCAGUGCUGAGAGCAAGCUGAAGGAGGCAGAGAAGCAGGAGGAAAAGCAGUUCAACAAGUCGGGGGACAUCAGCGUGAACCUUCUGCGGCAUGAGGACAGACCUCAGCGGCGCAGCUCUGUCAAGAAGAUUGAGAAAAUGAAGGAGAAGAGACAAGCCAAAUAUUCUGAAAACAAGCUGAAAUGUACUAAAGCCAGGAACGACUACCUGCUGAACCUGGCAGCCACCAACGCAGCUGUCAGUAAAUACUACAUCCACGAUGUCUCUGACCUCAUUGAUUGCUGUGACCUGGGAUUCCACGCCAGCCUUGCUCGGACCUUCAGGACAUACCUGUCUGCUGAGUACAACCUGGAAACCUCCCGCCACGAGGGCCUGGACAUCAUCGAGAACGCAGUGGACAACCUGGAUGCACGGAGUGACAAGCACACCAUCAUGGACAUGUGCAACCAGGUCUUCUGCCCUCCACUGAAGUUCGAGUUCCAGCCUCACAUGGGGGAUGAGGUGUGUCAGGUCAGUGCCCAGCAGCCUGUGCAGACGGAGUUGCUGAUGAGGUACCACCAGCUGCAGUCGCGACUAGCCACCCUCAAGAUAGAGAAUGAAGAGGUACGAAAAACUCUGGAUGCCACAAUGCAGACUUUGCAGGACAUGCUGACAGUGGAAGAUUUUGAUGUUUCGGAUGCCUUCCAGCAUAGCCGCUCCACUGAGUCGGUCAAAUCAGCUGCAUCAGAGACCUACAUGAGUAAAAUAAACAUCGCCAAGAGGAGAGCCAACCAGCAGGAAACUGAAAUGUUCUAUUUUACAAAAUUUAAAGAGUAUUUGAAUGGCAGUAACCUUAUCAUGAAGCUCCAGGCUAAACAUGACUUGCUGAAGCAGACUCUUGGAGAAGGUGAAAGAGCUGAAUGCGGAACAACCAGGCCCCCAUGUCUUCCCCCUAAGCCACAGAAAAUGAGGAGACCUAGGCCUCUCUCAGUCUAUAAUCAUAAACUCUUUAACGGGAAUAUGGAAACGUUCAUUAAGGAUUCAGGACAGGCUAUUCCGCUUGUAGUAGAAAGCUGCAUUCGUUACAUCAAUUUGUAUGGCCUGCAGCAGCAGGGCAUUUUCAGAGUCCCUGGCUCCCAGGUGGAAGUCAACGACAUCAAGAACUCGUUUGAGAGAGGUGAAGAUCCCCUCGCUGAUGAUCAAAAUGAACGUGACAUUAAUUCAGUGGCUGGAGUCUUGAAGCUGUAUUUCCGAGGACUGGAAAACCCCCUCUUUCCUAAGGAAAGGUUUCAAGAUUUGAUAUCUACUAUAAAAAUUGAGAACCCCACCGAGAGAGUGCACCAGAUCCAGCAGAUCAUCAUCACUCUGCCUCGGGCUGUCAUCGUUGUCAUGAGAUACCUUUUUGCUUUCCUUAAUCACUUGUCGCAGUACAGUGAUGAGAACAUGAUGGAUCCCUACAACCUGGCCAUCUGCUUCGGGCCCACUCUGAUGCACAUUCCGGAUGGGCAGGAUCCGGUGUCCUGCCAGGCCCAUGUCAAUGAGGUCAUCAAAACCAUCAUCAUUAACCACGAGGGCAUCUUCCCCAGCCACAGAGAGCUGGAAGGACCUGUCUACGAGAAGUGCAUGACUGGAGGGGAGGAGUACUGUGACAGCCCACACAGUGAGCCAGGCACCAUCGAUGAAGUUGACCAUGACAACGGCACAGAGCCACACACCAGUGAUGAUGAAGUGGAGCAGAUUGAAGCCAUAGCAAAGUUUGACUAUAUUGGACGAUCUCCACGAGAGCUCUCCUUUAAGAAAGGGGCCUCGCUUCUCCUGUACCAUCGGGCGUCAGAAGACUGGUGGGAAGGGAGACACAAUGGUGUGGAUGGCCUCAUACCCCACCAGUACAUUGUGGUGCAAGACAUGGAUGAUGCGUUCUCUGACAGCCUGAGCCAGAAGGCAGACAGCGAGGCAAGCAGUGGACCGCUGCUGGAUGAUAAAGGCUCCUCCAAGAACGAUAUCCAGUCUCCCACGGAUCACAUUGUGGACUAUGGCUUUGGGGGAGUGAUGGGCCGAGUGAGAUUGAGGUCUGACGGUGCAGCUAUCCCUCGCCGUCGAAGCGGGGGGGACACCCACAGCCCACCCCGAGGGAUGGGUCCUGGCAUAGACACUCCUCCUCGAGCAGCGGCCUGCCCUAGCAGCCCCCACAAAAUACCUCUUAACAGGGGCAGGAUUGAGAGUCCUGAAAAGCGCAGAAUGGCGACAUUCGGCAGUGCAGGCAGCAUCAAUUUCCCAGACAGGAAGGCCUUGUCUGAUGGCCACCCGCUGAGAUCGACCUGUGGAUCGACUAGACACAGUAGUCUCGGAGAUCAGAAAUCUCUAGAAGCAGAAGCGCUUGCUGAGGACAUCGAGAAGACCAUGAGCACGGCGCUGAACGAGCUGCGGGAGCUGGAGAGGCAGAACACGGCCAAGCAGGCCCCCGAUGUGGUCCUGGACACGCUAGAGCCCAUGAAAAACCCCCCAAUGGGUGCUGCCAACUCAGAGCCUGCCAGCCCCCUCCAUACGAUCCUGAUCCGGGACCCCGAUGCUGCCAUGCGGCGCAGCAGCAGCUCCACUGCAGAGAUGAUGACCACCUUCAAGCCCGCGCUGUCGGCCCGGCUGGCCGGGGCUCAGCUGCGGCCCCCGCCGAUGCGGCCGGUGCGACCAGUGGUGCAGCACCGCUCCAGCAGCAGCAGCAGUUCAGGGGUGGGCAGCCCCGCCGUCACCCCCACUGAGAAGCUCUUCCCCAGCAGCUCGGCGGAUAAAUCUGGCACCAUGUAGGCUGGGGCGCGGGGAGAGCCAGCACCUGGAUGGCGGGAGCAGGGCCAGCAGCUUGGCAAAGCCUUGCUUGGCCAAGCGGCAAGUCUGAACCGUGCUCAAGAGGAACCUCUCCAAAAGGCGAACAAGUGCGUAACCUAGGCCCAGUGGUUGAUUGUACAUACGUGUGUGUGUGUGUGUGUAUGUACAUAUGUGUCCACACACACCUCCAUCCGUGCAGAAACACUUCCCAAGCUUGCAGUCCUAUGGCAGGAGGAGAUGGUGGGUCUAUGUGUUGGCACUGGAGAAUACAAGCUCUGUGUAGAAGUAUGUAUUAAAAAAAAAAAGUGUACAGAAUUUGGUGACUUUUUUUAAAAAGUAGAUUUACCUCAGAAACUGGCUCUGAAAUCUCCUCUCUAGAGAUGCUGGGUUCAUGUGGGUUUUUUUCCAGGCUAUUUGUGUGCGUGUGUGUGUGUGGAGGUCCAUAGCAGCAGUGCAUCCAGCAAUACAAGGCCAUUUUCUGCACCUCUUGGCACUUAGAAAAAGAAAAGGGGGGUGGGGGGAGAUACAGGGGGGUUUGUUCAGUCCUGGCCUAUGGAGAAGAGCUGGAAAUGCAUAAAUGAUGGCGUGUGUCAGGCUGGCUGGAAUGUCUUUUCAAGCUGAAUCGCGAGACACCUGGAAAAGGAGACGUGCUCCAUCGGCGUGGUGCAGGGAGGAGGACACUGCUGCUGCACCGAGGCGUGGUGCUGCCCUGCCUGCGCUGCAGGAUCUGCAGAACUCUGAUUUUUCUUGAAGAUUUCAGAAUGAACAAGGACUAGUGACAAACCUGUGGUAAAGCAUAGAGUAACUUACACAGUUUUGAGAUGCUUCACUUCCCUUUCCCCAUACACUUUCUUUUUCUUUUUCUUCCUUUCCUUUUUGUGUUAAAUCCUAAUGGUAUCUCGACAGAUGGGACUAAAUGGGCGAGGAGGCUUUGUUACAACAGUGUUCCUUUAUUUGAAGUUGCACAGCAGUACGUGAGGGUCUUGAUUCAGAUUGCAUUGUCUUGCAUGAAAAGCAUGAGCCAUAUUUGACCAUAUCAGAUGCGGAACCGAUCUGAUGGGGUGAUAUUUUGCACUUUCUGUACUGUACUAUAUAAUACAACAUUUUGAGUUUAUGCAAAAGAAUCUACAUUUUCUUUUUUCCUCUUGAACAUUUAACCCAGAGAAAAAAUAUGCAGAAAGAGCUGGGGAUUGCAUGGUACUUUGUCUGAUAAUCAAGUCUUUUCUGUAAGUGCUGAAUUCAAGACACUCUGUGCUUCUCCUGCAUGUUUUUUUUCCUCCUUGUACAGAUUUCCAUGCAAUGACCCAUGGUUUAAUUUGGUCACUUCGCAUGAUCACAUACAACCCCAGCCUGAAACGGGCCAUCCUCAGUCUCUCGGCUGCAUAGAGAAGCCGCUCUGAUGGCUCCUUAAUGUUCGUCCUUCCCUCCUGCUCUGAUUUUUGCAGUUCUGUCUGUCCCUGGGCAGAGAAGCUAGCGAGCCCUCCUGCCUCAUCCAGCAGUCACCUGCCCAGGGACUAUUUUUUUUUUUUUUUUUAUUCCACCCUUCAUCUUCCUUUUACCUCCGCAGCGCGGACCGCGGCUCGUGCGGGGCUGGAGGAGCAGCCUGAUGCCCGAAGGCAGCAGGGGUGGCUGAGCCCCUCAGUCCUGCACAGCUCGCCCCAGGGCUGGGGAGCUCGCCCGCAGCCAGCUGCCCCCAGCCCCUGCGAGGCUGCUGGUGCCUCCGUGCCGGGCACAGACCUGGCACCGUGACCCCGGGGGCUGGCCCGGUGCUUGUUCCCAUGCCCAGAGCAUGGGCACGUGUUGCUCCCGAGCCUGGCUGCUGCCCCUGCCAGUCCUGUAUAUAUUGCUGUACUUGCUUCAAUGCUGGGAAGUAACUGUUAACAUGUAAACUGUACAAAAAAUAGGCUAAGGUUAGAUGAAAGCCAAUGCCACUCACCAAAUCUUUGCACUUAGUAGGUAGCUCAAUGUAAAAAUAAAACCCAAUAAUAAUAAUAAUAAUUAAAAGUGAAGCCGCAAAGCUAACCUUUCAGUGUACAGUGGGGGAGAAGUACUGUAUGUAGUGAUUCUGUCAUUGUUCUCCGUAUAAUGCUGUAAGGGGAAAUGGUGUUUAUGUACUUGUCUAUUAACAUUGUUGACAUUUGUAAUUACCCAAAUUGGUUCAUACUGAUGUUUAUUUUUCUUCAUAAUUUUUCCCCCCUUUCCUAAGUUAGGCUAACCCUGAGGUCAAUGCCUCUGUCAUUACGGGCAGCAGAUGUUCAAACAGUCUGUCAGUCUGGUCUAGUAAUGAACCAGCAAAUGUGCUUUUAGGGGGAGGGAAGAAACCCAUUUGGCACAAGAGCUGUGUAUUCAUUGCCAGUAAUUUUUUUUUUUUUUUUUUUUUUUUUUUCCAUUUAGUUCCUGGAGAACAUUCACUUUGCCAGUCUUCUGGUUUUUUUAUAUAUACUUUUAAAGAUGACUUGAUAGCAAACCCAUGUUUAUUAGGGUUUCGGGGUUUUUUCUCCUCCCUUCUUACUUUUGAAGAUACGGUACGAGUUCCAGUGUCUUUCUAUUAAAUUAUUGCCUUUUGUUUUCCUUUGUUUUGUUUUGUUGUGGGUUUUUAAUAUCUUUAAGUGCCUUUUUGAGCACCAGAACAAAUGCUUGGAGUUAAUGUCCUAGGAGCUGUACACAUCCUGAUUUCCUUUGUACAGUUGCGUUGUGCUGGGGGUGAUUGCUUUUAAAGUCCUUUUUAAUUUUUUCUUUUUUUUUU